AUGUUCAACCGAUUUAAUCUCGACCGGUUUAAGAAAGCGCAGUCGUCAGACCCUUUCGGAAUUGGGGAGACUCGCGGAGCCAUUCCCGAAAAGUCGUCCGUUGCGUCGCAGACAACGGCUGUCGCAGCAGGCCGUGCGACAGGUACCGUCAUCUAUGCCUCGUCAACUCAGCCCAUCCGAUCGCCUGUUACCAAAUCGCAGGAACAUGCCGCACAGACGCAUGCGAAUCAGCAGCAGCAGCAGCAGCAGAAGCAGCAGCAACAGCAGCAGCCGCAACAGCAGCAGGAGCAGGAGCAAGUGGUUGCGAUCACCAUUGGCGGAGGAUCCUCCACAUGGCAGCCUCCGGAGUGGGCUGUGGUUCCAAAACCAGGCGUGUACUCGCUGGAAGUUCUCAAGGAUGGAGUCUCAGCUGGCAGCAUACCAUUGGACAAGAAGCGGUCUCUGUUUGGGCGGCAAACCACCACGUGCGACUAUGUGCUGGAGCAUCCCUCCCUCUCCCGCCAGCACGCUGCAGUGGUGCACAGGAAGAACGGCAGCGUCUUUGUCAUUGACCUGGGCUCGGUUCACGGCACUUAUGUCUCUAACGAGCGCCUCUUAAAGGAUAUCCCUGUUGAGAUAGAGCCCGGCCAAUCUCUCCGCUUUGCCGCCUCCACACGCACGUACGUGCUGCGCAAGACAAUCCCGCAGCCCCCACCGCCAUCACCGUUGCCAUCUGCAGCAGCAGCUACUGAUCUUGCCAGUUCAGACGAAGCGCAUUUCGCGGCUACAGCUGCUGUUACAGCCUGGCCGGGAGUGAGAGAACAUCAGCAGGAGCAGCAGCAGUUGCCACCUCCCCCGGAUAAGGGCGACCCAGAGGCAGUUGCACAGUACAACAUGGUGCUGAAUCUGCUUGGGUUGCCCGCUGGGGAUUACAACCUUGGGAAUACCGGCGCUGGUCCGUCCAGACGAGCCGUGGAGAGAGAGAGGAAGAGAAAGAGGGAAGAAGGAGGGGGGGAGGAGGGAGGGGAGGUGGAAGCAGCAGCAGAAGGAGGGAAGGGCGGGGAUGAGAGAGGGGCUGAUAAAGCAGGUGAAGGGAGGAAUGGGAAGGCAAACGACGAGGAGCCAACUGGAAAGAAGCACAAAGUAGGAGCGCCUUCAACAGCAGCAGCGGGCGGCUCAAGCAAGCCUCACGCCGCUUUGUCAACAAGUGAGGCAGCGUCUAGAGCGAGAAGAGCGCGGGUGAAGUUCCGAGACGAGCAGGGCGGGCUGCUGGUGGAGGUGGUGGGGUUCUCCGAUGGCGCCCAUGUGGGGGCAGAGCCGGGGCCUGUGGGGGUGAAGGAAGGGGGCAGCCUCAUGGGUCGCUUCGACUCUCUCGUGCAGACCGUGGUGAUUCCACGCGUGCGCACCAAGAACACUGCUGCGGGAGGUGGCUCGCCAGGAUCCACGUCAGCAUCCAUGUCAGCAUCCACUUCAGCAGCAGCACAGUCCAGCCAAUCAGGGUUGUCGGUAGCAGCAUCACCAUCACCAGCACUGCAGGCAGUAUCAUCUCCAACCCCCUCUGCCCGCCCGUCGCCAUCGGUUGCAUCGCCAAGCAGCAAGGUGAGUGUGGCGGACAGAAUGAAGUGGUACAUGGAGCGGGUCAAAUCACCCAAGCAGCAGGGGCUCUAUGGGGGCCUGGGGGAGGAGAACGUGCUUGUAAAGAGGUCCGAGUCCUGGGCCGAGGCUCGCGAUAAUGGUGCCGGCAUGAAUUCAGGUGCUGGCUCUGGUGGUGCCAGCGGUGCUGCAUCUGCUAGGCAAGAGAAGGGAGAUGUGUCAAGUGCAGCUGAAGACGACAGCAGGGACCUCUUUCAUGCGGCUCAGUGA